AGUAAAUAGUGGUGAUGUCAUGCGGGCAAGAUGGCGGAAGGGGAGGACGUGGGAUGGUGGCGGAGCUGGCUGCAGCAGAGCUACCAGGCAGUCAAGGAGAAGUCCUCCGAAGCCUUGGAGUUCAUGAAGCGGGACCUGACAGAGUUCACCCAGGUGGUGCAGCACGACACAGCCUGCACCAUUGCAGCCACUGCCAGCGUGGUCAAGGAGAAGCUGGCUACUGAAGGCUCCUCGGGAGCAACGGAAAAAAUGAAGAAAGGGCUGUCUGACUUCCUAGGGGUGAUCUCCGACACCUUUGCACCCUCACCAGACAAAACCAUUGACUGCGAUGUCAUCACCCUGAUGGGCACACCCUCUGGCACGGCUGAGCCCUAUGAUGGCACCAAGGCUCGCCUUUAUAGCCUGCAGUCAGACCCAGCAACCUACUGCAAUGAACCAGAUGGGCCCCUGGAGUUGUUUGACACCUGGCUUUCCCAGUUCUGCUUGGAGGAGAAGAAGGGGGAGAUCUCAGAGCUCCUUGUAGGCAGCCCCUCCAUCCGGGCCCUCUACACCAAGAUGGUGCCUGCAGCUGUUUCCCAUUCAGAAUUCUGGCAGCGGUAUUUCUAUAAAGUCCAUCAACUAGAGCAGGAGCAGGCCCGGAGGGAUGCCCUGAAGCAGCGUGCAGAACAGAGCAUCUCUGAAGAGCCUGGCUGGGAGGAGGAAGAAGAGGAGCUUGUGGGCAUUUCACCCACAUCUCCAAAAGAGGCCAAGGUUCCUGUGGCCAAAACUUCCACAUCCCUUGAAGGAGGACCUGGCCCCCGGAGUCCCUGUGAAGAGAAUCUGGUGACCCCGGUUGAGGCUCCAACAGAGGUGACUCCAUCGGAGAGCAGUGAGAGCAUCUCCCUCGUGACACAGAUUGCCAAACCCACCCCUGCAUCUGAGGCACCAGUGCUGCCCAAGGACCUGUCCCAAAAGCUGCUAGAGGAAUCUUUGGAGGAACAGGACCUGGCUGUGGAUGUGGGCGAGACUGGACCCCCACCCCUAGCUCAGUCCAAGCCCCACACCCCUGCUGGCCGCCCCAGCGGUCCAGAGCCCCGGCCUCCAGCCAGAGUAGAGACUCUCAGGGAGGAGGUACUCACAGACUUACGGGUGUUUGAGCUGAAUUCAGACAGCGGGAAGUCUACACCCUCCAAUGGAAAAAAAGGCUCAAGCACAGACAUCAGUGAGGACUGGGAGAAGGACUUUGACUUGGACAUGACUGAAGAAGAAGUGCAGAUGGCACUUUCCAAAGUGGAUGCUUCCGGUGAGGUGAGUCGGCCUGGUUGGCCACAGGGAGGCAAGCACAAUGAUUCCGGGUCUGAGGACUCUCCCUGCCAAGCCCGACUGUCCCUGCAAGGUGGAUCCCACUCCUAUCUGAGGUGGCAGGCUGCGGGAAGGAAGCUAGGGCCUCCCACUCAGGCCCUGAACAGUAGUCAUUAGCAGGGUCUGCUUCCCCUCAGUUCCAGGGGGAUGGAUGGGGGAGUUCUUGACCUUAGCUCCUAUCAGAAUCACCUGAGGAACUACUAAAAAAUACAGAUGCCAGGGCUUCCCUGGUGGCGCAGUGGUUGAGAGUCUGCCUGCCGAUGCAGGGGACACGGGUUCAUGCCCUGGUCCGGGAAGAUCCCACAUGCCGUGGAGCGGCUGGGCCCGUGAGCCAUGGCCGCUGAGCCUGCGCGUCCGGAGCCUGUGCUCCGCAACGGGAGAGGCCACAGCGGUGAGAGGCCCGCGUACCGCAAAAAAAAAAAUAAAAAUAAAUAAAAAAUACAGAUGCCAAACCCUGCCCCAGACCUUUUGACUCCUGGUCGCCAGGUGUGGGACCUGAGCAGAUUUCUGGCCUUGGAGACAAAAGACGAUGUGAUCACUUAACCUGAGCCUCUGUUUCCCCAUCUAAAACAUGGCACUGAUCAUUAUAAUUUCAUAUGCUGUGGUAGAUGAUGCAUGUGCACACCUUAGGCAUAGUGCCUGGGGACAUGGGCGCACUAAUAGACGUUCCUGAAACCACCACAAAACAGUCAUAAGCUCAGAGGCCUAUUAUUCUUACUCUUCACUUCCUCUCAGAAUCAAGGAUGGUCGUUUUGAAUGAGAGGCUGGGCAAAAGUCUCUCAUAGCUAAUAAGGGACAGGACUGAGGCUCCAGCCCACACAUCUGAUUCAAGUCAGUGUUAUAUCCACUGUCACACAAGAACCCCAUGAUUCCUUCCAACAUGUAGCUCAGGAACCUGCUAUAAAGAGGUGAACAGAGUAGAGAGAAUGGGAAGGGCCUUGUUUUUCAUGCUGAGAGACUGAAGCCCAGAGGGAGGUAGUGACCUACACAAGAGUAUUUUACACCUGUGACCUCACUAUACCCGGGGUAGAGAAGGCCCAUGGCACCUCUUAUGCCACGUGGCCUUCAUGGCUUUGGUGUCUUUGCAGCCCUCUUUAAAACCCGACAUACAGGGCUUCCCUGGUGGCGCAGUGGUUGAGAGUCCACCUGCCAAUGCAGGGGACACGGGUUCGUGCCCCGGUCCGGGAAGAUCCCACAUGCCGCGGAGCAGCUAGGCCCGUGAGCCAUGGCUGCUGAGCCUGCGCGUCCGGAGCCUGUGCUCCACAACAGGAGAGGCCACAACAGCAAGAGGCCCACGUACUGCAAAAAAAAAAAAAAAAAAAAAACCCGACAUACAAUAUAUCUGAACAGAAUUAUUUAUAUCAGGGGAUCUGCUGAUAUGAAGAGAGGCCAAGAGACAGUUGCCUGGGGAGACUUCAGCUGGGGAUUAGGGUGCUGGAGCCCCUAGUGAAAGCCCUGCGAGCACCUGUAGUCCAGUGCCACGCUUGCUUCUGAUCACAGCACCACUGUAAAGUUCCCUGCCUCUCAGGGCCAUAUUCUUACCUGCUCCGCAGGAGACAAGUUCUCCUUCAGGGAUUGACUGACGGGCUUCUUGUAGUCAGGGCGUCCCCUUGUGGUGUCCAGUGUUGGUUGGUAGAAGCAUUUCCUUUGAGUCUGGAACCAUCAGAACAGCAGGCCCACCGCUUGGGCAGAGGGCAGCUCUGCUCCCCAGACAUUCCUUGAAGCAAGUGGUUCGCUCUGAGAGGAGGCCGGGUAUGGCCUGGGGGAGUUGGGGCUGGGGCUGCGGGGAGGGCUGUCCCGAAUUGGAGGCAGCCGGGGAGCUUGGGUCUCAGCUUGACUCAGAGGAGUA